CGGCACAUCCAGCAGCAGCAGCAGACCUGCGGGAACAUCCCACUCUCUCCCGUCUUCUGCUUAUUUCACCGCCACAACAAGAUGGGAAUCGAAGAAGCGGUUUGUGAGAAUCCCAAAGGUGCCAUCUAAGGAAAAUAACUGAACACACACAUUAAAACUCCAGCGUCUAUGCUGGACUUUAUAGAGUUUUAAUGAGCAUGUUCCAACUUUGAAGGUCUGGCCCUCCUGAUAAUGACGUUGCAAAGAAGAAAGAAAGAGUUAUAAGCAUAAAAAAGGACGUGACCGUGUGGACUUGUAUGGCAUUCGUCCAGUUUUUCGACUGCAGCGAUAACCAGGACGGGGAAGCAUGAUUGACCUGAGCCACCUGACGGAGGAGGAGCAGGGGGUCAUAAUGGCAGUGCUGAGGAGGGACGCCGACCUGAAGAAAGCUGAGGAGGAGAGAGUCAGGAAGCUGGAGCAAAUACCGCCCAGCGACUCGCCGGCCGAUGUCGACAUGAAGUACCUGACGGGGGAGUGGUUUUACGAGGCCAAGUCUCUCCGACACAGCGACAAGAUCCACGGCUCAGAGAUCAUUCUGGCGUCCAUGAAGCAGGGGCGGCCAGCUGGUUCAGAUGGCUCUCUGAGAUUCAACAGAUCCAAGGCGUUCAGCAGCCGAAGUUUGGAGAUCAAGGCUCCACAGAAACCUGCCAGAUCUUUUGAGACGCCACAGCCACAGCCAGAGCCAGAGCCAGAAGCGUUUUGUUCCUUAGUAGUCCCCAAAAAUGAUGCAGAGAAAGAAAAUCGAUAUUCGGCAAUCCACUCCCCAAGAAUGAUAAGACACAACCCUUUUAACCGUGCAUCCCUCAUUGUUGUUGAGCCUACUGAAAAUAAUUACGACAUGUCAGUCGGUCAGGACCAGGAGCCACAGGAGACAGAGCCCAUCUCUCCACUGAAGAAUCACCCAGCAGGUGAGUCCAGUCACAUCUCCAGGGGGCCCAUCACAUCAGAAGGCUCCUCCGCUGGUUUUAGGCCAGUUCCAAAGAAGAGGACGUUCCUCUCAAGACGUACCAGCAGUCAGUCAGAAAGCAAUGGCCAGCUGGGGUCCGACGGUCCAGAAAGACCUGCAGGGAUUGUUCCUGCCCCAAGACGGCGUCUCCAGCGGACAUCCACCGGGAGCUCUAACCAGUCCUGCCUAAAGGACAAAGAUGAAGCUCCUCAGAAAAGCGCCUCAGAGAAGAUAGUUCAAUCUGCUCAGCCUUCCAGGACUGCAGAUGACAUUUCCUCGCAGCUGUUGUGUGAUUAUCCUCAAAUUUCCUCAAUUUCAAGUCUGGAGAGAGAAAGAAAGACAUGUUCUGUGGAAACUGACAGAUCAGCUUCAUACACCAGGACCGACAUGUCCACCGAGAGGGAAAUGCCAAAGAGGAGUGAAGAUGGAGACGAUCAGAACCAAAGAGAGAGGGGAGCGUCAAACUUUAUCAGCCUACAAAGAACCAACAUCAAGGACGAAGAAAACAGCAGCAGUGUAGCUGCAGUGGUGAGGCAGGAGGCGCCGAGUUUGCCGCAAAGCAUUGUGGAUCCAGAUCCUCCUGUAUCUUAUGAACUUAAUUUCAUAGAAAAGUCUGAUCAGCAAACCCAGAAGUCGAAUCCGAAAGAUGUGUUUAAAUUAUCCACUCAGGCCACCAGCCCUACUGGUGAAGAGGAGGAGUCUAUCGCAAAAGUGCUGGACUGGUUCAACCGCAGCUCGGACAGCGGAGACUGGCUGGACGAAGAAAAAAGCUCUGACAGACACGCAGCCGUCUGCAAGUUAAGAGACGAAGAGUCUUUGGCAAGAGACGCUGCAGGUUUCAAAGGUGCGAGCGAACGAAAGAAAGACACACUCGAGGCAAAGAAACAAAAAUCGACCAAUGAGGUUAAGGAGUUGAAAGCGACACGCAGAAAGGGCAGCAGGGAGCUGGUUGAAACACAAGAGGAUGUUGAGCCCAACACCAGAGAAAGAAUGUAUCCUGAAGAUGUUAAAGAUAACGCAGGGGAAAGCCAACCUCUGAUGAUCUCUCAUCUGAAGUCAUUCUGGGAGAAAAGCAACACAGGGCCUAAGAUACUUAUCAGCAAAUCAGUGGAGCCUGAUAACAAAGAACCAAACUCUGCCGUCCUUUCACCGGAGAGAGAGGUUGAUACUCCCUCUGUCUCUGGGAAAUACAAUGAGAAGGGGACAAAUGAUAAAUACACCUCGAAUCAAUGCGAUGAAAGAAAGCAGCCGCUUGUAAUCAGUUCAGCUGCGAAUACGGCAGUCAAAGUUUGCUUAAAUAAUCAUCAGAAAGAAGAAAAUGUGACAAUUAAUGCAAAUCAGAGGAGCAAUGAGAAUUCAGCUCAUUUAAAAUUGCUAUCCAGUCCCCAGAAAUCCAGGAGAGCUGCUCCAGAGGCUGAGAAAGAAGAAAAUGUGAUAAUUAAUUCAAAUCAGAGGAAUAAUGAGAAUUCAGCUCAUUUAAAAUUGCUAUCCAGUCCCCAGAAAUCCAGGAGAGCUGCUCCAGAGGCGGAGACUCUCUGUGUGACCAAAGUUGCCCCUCCAGAAAGAACAAGCAUCCAUCCAGAGAUGGAGAGUGUUUAUGCAGUGAAACCAAACCUGCAGCUAGACAUAGUUUCAAAAUUGAGUGAACCGUUACCAGAAGAACCAAUUUCAAAGGCUGUUUCUUUGUCCAAGCGCGAGACAGAUUUCCAACAAAGACUCAGUUCAGACUCUGAGGAGCUCCGUUCAUCCAGCCCAUUCAUGGACCCCAAUCAAGGUGAAAAUGAUGUGCAAAUCGGCUCCAACAUACCACUUCAAAGAGGCUCAAGGGAAGAUGUGAAGAGGAGGGACAGUGAGGAUAUGAGCAUGCAUUCUAGCAUGUCUCCUAAACGGAAAGAUGAUGCACCCAAUAAAGACAAGAGUAAUAGUCCACGCUUGAACAGGCAGGCAGCAGCACAGCAGGAAUGCACAGCAGAGAGGAUCAGGCAGCUCAAGUCCUUCUGGGAGCAGGAGAGGAACAAGCCUGUGUUUUAUACUGGCAAACCUAAAGCUCUUGGAGAAGGUAAAGUCACUCGUGGAACUAAUCCGGCCAAACUAAACAAAAGAUUUACAAAGUCUGAGUUCGACCUGAGGUCAAUCGGAGAUGAAUUAGGCAGCGAUGAGGAAGACGAUCUGCCAUUGAAUCGGAGACUAGAUAAGCUCUCUCCGAGUCUGGGUGCAAGUCGCAAGCAGUUUCACACUCUGCGGGAAUUCUGGGGUGAAGCCACAGCCGAGUCCAGAGGAUUGUUAACCCUUGACAAACCCAAAAGCUCCAAAAGGAAAGACCAAUUAAGUGCCCAGUUCUCAUCUCAGGAGUUGAAGGGCAGCGAUGCAGAGAGUUAUCGUCUGAAUCCGUUUGUCGAGAAAACAAAAACUGCCGUCGCAAAAUCAUCUUCAUCGCCUCAGAAUCGAUCAAAGUCUCCACAUGAUAGACAGACGGGCGGUGGGUCAAGAAUGCUGAGUGACUGCAAAAAUAACCUGCCAAAUUAUAUACCAGUUGAAUCAGGGCUGCAUAGACAGUCCAGGAGGAGCUCAAAAGACUCAAACAGAGAAGACAAGUCCUCCAAGCCCCAAACCAGCUCAGGCAAAGAGGUUCGCGCUCCUAAGAGCAGAAAAGACAAUUUUAGCAUUUCUAGCAGUCGCGGAAACUCCUUGCGUCGAGCAACGAGCAUGUUUGCUCUGAGCGUUGACGAUGAUGAACAAGAUCCCAGCCAGCUCCGAAGGGAUGCGAGCCCCGUCCACUCUCAGAGCAGAAAGCUCAGGCAGAACGCUGAUAAGGGCGCUGCGUCCAGGAGGAUGUCAGAGGAAUCUGAGACUGUAGCUCCACGUGCCAGAGCGUUUGUUCCCAGAGACUACCGGCAUUACCUGGGGAUGACUGACAACACCAGCAUCGACAUCUCUCUGGCCCCGGCUGUGAGUGACCAGGGCUCCGACUUCAGGUCGGGGUAUGAGCUUGAGCUGGGAGGACUGGGGAAGGCCAGCACGCCGGUGAGCUCGGAGGAGCGCUACAGCAGGAGGGGCAGCAAGACGAGCCAGCGCCCUGUGUGGACCAACUUCAGCGGGUCAGAUACUGGCCAGGAGUCGUCUGUCAGCAGCGUGUCAGACACCUGGUCCAGCUCAAGAACAAGUUCAUAUAGAGAAAAUGAUGAUGAGGAGAAAAACCCUGUAAGGAAAGCACUGCGGAGGGCGGAGGCCCGUCCCAAAAACCUGGCUAAAAGCAUGGAGGACAUCACAGCAUCCGUAUCACCACGACAAGAAAGAAGACAAGACCCAAUUGCUGAUUCCCGGCGAGGCAGUGAUGUUUUAGCCAUGACGUCACCCACUGCAUCGUUACUUUCGGAUGCAGACCACCUGAAGAACAUGAGCAAAUCUGUACCUUCAUUUUUACAGAAAGAGGCUUCUGACAGAGACACUGACUCCACCUGCGAGCUCACUUACCCACCGGGAAGACCUAGGACAGGCAGCUCGGUGACUAAUCUGAGCGGCUCUACCGGCAUGGCCUCUAUGUCGUCUCUGAGUGGAAGUGUGAUGACCAUGUACAGCGGUGACUUCGUGGAGGUUCAGGGAAACAUCCAGUUCUCCAUCAACUACGUUCAGAGGCUCAGAGAGUUUCACAUCUUUGUGGCCGAGUGCCACGGCUUGGCUGCGGUCGACCCGAAGAGAGGCCGCUCCGAUCCAUAUGUCAAAAGCUACCUGGUUCCCGACAAAGCGAAUCUUGGAAAGAGGAAAACAUCUGUAAAAAAGAAGACGCUAAAUCCGACUUUCAACGAGAUCCUAAGAUAUCGCGUUCGCAUGGAGUACCUUAGAACCCAGACACUCAUUCUCUCAGUUUGGCAUCAUGACACCUUUGGCAGGAACAGUUUCCUGGGCGAGGUAGACCUGGACCUCUCCAAGUGGGACUUUGAUCACACCCAGAUGAAUUACUUAGCACUGAAAGCAAGGACGACGCCCACUGUUGCACCACCGGAUGUCCGAGGAGAAAUGAAGCUGGCCAUAAGAUUUCUGCCACAGAUCACCCACAGCGAAGGCAUAACAAAAGAUGCUCCCAACACAGGAGAGAUUCACAUUUGGGUUAAAGAAUGCAAGAACCUGCCACUUAUCAGAGCCACCAUUGAUCCUUAUGUCAAGUGCUUUGUGCUGCCAGACACAAGCAGAAAAAGUCGCCAGAAGACCCGUGUACUGCGGAGGACCACGGACCCGGUGUUUAACCACACAAUGGUGUAUGAUGGUAUCAGUGAAGUUGAUCUAACAGAUGCCUGCAUAGAGUUGACUGUCUGGGACCGAGACAGGCUUGCAAGCAACCUGCUGGGCGGCCUGAGACUUGGAGCUGGAACAGGCAGAAGUUAUGGAGCAUUGGUGGACUGGAUGGACUCGGGUCCCUAUGAGGUGGCCCUGUGGAAGCGCAUGAUGGCGUCCCAGAAUGAAUGGGUGGAGGAUGUGUUGCCUCUAAGAAUGCUCAAUUCUGCAAAAACCGCUUUCAAAUAAGUAUACAAAACUGUUGCAAGACAAUAUAUUUAUUUCCCCUGAUGAAAUACACUAAAUAAUUCACUAGAAAGCUUCAAUGCUUUGCUUUAAACUCAGUCAGUAAAAGUUUCAGUUACUUUGAAAGUGAGAUUAAAAUUGAGCACAAGCUCUGGAGUAAGAUGCUGGAAUCAACAGUACAUUAUUGUGAUGCCCAAUAAAACUGGCACUGUGAAAAAGGAGCUUAGUUGACUUCCCUCAGAGUCCCAAAAAAUAAAACACAUUUGGCAAGUGAAAACCCCAAACUCGUAACAAGAAACUUACUCUGAAAUUGCCAGGCAGUACUGAGUCUGGAUGAUGUUUUUUUCUUCUUCAAAUAACUUAACUUCAGGCCUCUCGGACACAAAGUUGCAUUAUUUGCAGGGUUCGGCCCAGGCAGUUUCAAAACGUCUAGUAGGGCUGUGCCACAUUAUAUUUGUAAUUACACUAUUUAUUUCACAUCAACCACAAGCUACCUGAUAAUGAAAA